AUGAAAGUCUGGGAAAGAAUAAUAGAGAGAAGAAUGAGAGAAGAGUGUGAGAUAACACAAAACCAGUUCGGAUUCAUGCCCGGUCGAGGUACGACAGAUGCCAUUUUCGCAUUACGGCAAUUAUGCGAAAAGUACAAGCGCGUGCAUAAAGACCUGCACAUGGUUUUUGUCGACCUUGAAAAGGCGUACGAUCGGGUUCCCCGUGAGGUCUUGUGGUGGGCGUUAAAGAUGAAAGGUAUGCCUGGGAAGUAUGUGAGGUUGGUCCGUGCUAUGUACAGAGCAUCCCGUACAUGUGUACGAUCUGCCGCGGGAACUACGGGCAGUAUCGGUGUGGCGGUAGGGCUGCACCAAGGGUCGGCACUGAGCCCUUACCUCUUCCUACUGAUUAUGGACGCUUUGACGUCGGACCUGCAGGAUGAGGCACCCUGGUGCAUGCUCUUUGCCGAUGACAUCGUGCUUGUCGGGGAAGAAGGCAUCGAGGUACAGAGCAGACUGACGGGGUGGCAACGGAGGCUGGAAAGUGUUGGCCUGAAGAUCAGCAGAUCCAAAACCGAAUAUCUGUGCUGUGAUUUCGGCGGUCUUUCCAGUCCUGUACCCAUGUCGUUGGAUGGCGCUAUACUGCCUAUCUGCUCAGAUGUCAAGUACCUCGGUUCCCUCAUUCAAGGCGACGGCGGAAUAGAUAGAGCUGUGCAGCAUAGGAUUAACGCAGGGUGGAUGAAAUGGCGACAGGUCACAGCCACAACGUGCGAUCCCCGAAUGCCAAUAAGGCUGAAGGGGAAAAUUUACAAAUCGAUCAUCCGACCUGUCGUCAUGUAUGGAAGUAAAUGCUGGGCCGUCAAGAAGAAGGAUGAAAAUAGACUGCAUGCGAAUGAAAUGAGAAUGUUACGAUGGUGGUGUGACAAGGAUGGAUAA